AUGGAAGACACAAGUAUGACGUUAGUUAACAUUGCAACUUCUUCACCAACAAAAGUGAGUAGUUCUUCAAAAGUUAUUGAAUCAUUACAUGCAAAAAUUGACAUGUUAACUGAAGAACUUUCUAUAACUAAAGCUAAUUUAGAAGAAAUAACUAAAAAACAUCAAAUUUCAUCCAAAAGAUGUGAUUCGUAUGUUGAUCAAUUAGCUAAUUCUCAUCAUGAAAAUGAUGUUUUAACUGCAUUAUUAAAACGUAAAGAACGUAGAAUUAUUGAUUUAGAAAAUAGUCAUAAUGAAUUAAUCGAUAUUAAUGAAGGGUUGAAAUUAAAUUAUAAAAAUUUAUCAAUUAGAUGUGAAAAUUUACAAGAAAAUAAUAUGAAUUCAAUGGGUGAAUAUGAAAGAUUAAAAAUUAGUUAUGAUGCUUUAUUAUCGGGUCAACAUGAAUAUAAAAAUUAUUAUAAAUCUCAAAUAGAUCAUUUACAAAAUGAAUUUGAUAAAUAUAAAUUAGAAUCAGAAAAGAAAUAUCAACUUUUAAAUCAAGAUUUAAAUAAAAAUGAUAAAGAUAUUGAUACUUUAUUAGAUUCAUUGGUUAAUAAAAGAACUAAAAUGGAUAAUAUUUAUGUUUCUAAAAAUAAUCAGAUUUUAGAAUUAUUAUCUACAUUAGCAACAGCAACAAAACUUCAUGGUCAAGAAUCUAAGUCGGUUUUGGAACAAAAUGUCAAUGUAAUUAAUGAACUUGUGGCGAUGUUCCCGGAUAUGGAACAAAAUUUACAAACGCAUCUUCAAGCAACUGUUAAUAUCGAUGAACUCUUGGGUGAGACUCAACAAGUUUUGGAAGAUCAAGCACAACUCGAAGAUGAAGAAAUAUCACUGCCAGUAACUUCCACAACCAAUAUCAACACCAGCACUACCUCAAUUUCUAGAAAUAAUACCCUCAAAAAACGAAGAAAUAGAAACUCAAUCAGGAUUGAAUCAAGAAAUGUCACUCCGACAGUGAAUAACAAUAUCAUCAACCUACCGAAAUCAAGAGGUGUCGGUAGUGUCAAACCAUCGGGCGCAAAUUCUGCAGCUAGUUCUCCUAGAUUGUCAAUGAAUGGAGAAUUUGAAUCACAUGGAAAUUUCCAUUCUGAUCAAGAGAAUACUAACAAUAAUAAUUAUACUCAUCGUAGAUCCGGGAGUGUGAAUUAUCAUCGUCGUCAAUAUAGUAAUACUGGAAAUAUCAAUUAUACUAAUAAUGGUAAUAGUGGUUAUGGAAAUGGAGGUGGUAGAGGUAGAAAUUCAAGUAAUGUAAGUGCGAAUGGGAAUGUAAAUGGAUAUGGUCAUAACUAUAAUAACAACGGCAAUGCCAAUUAUAGUUACAACAACAAUGCCAAUGCCAAUUAUAACAACAGCAAUGGCAAUGUCAACUACAACAAUACGAACAGCAAUGGUAACAGCAACAAUAACAGACAGAAGAGACGGUCAUAUACACAGAAUACAAAUAAAAGAAACUCACAAAUGUUUGAACAUAAUCUAGCAUUAACUGGAUGA